UCACCCUGCGAUACACCCAAUAAUCUUUGACUUUGUUUUUGAAUUGUAAGUUUCAGCUUAUUCUCAGCUUGCCUCGCCCUCAAGUUGGUCAUGCCCAUGAUGCGGUCAGCUAUAAAUACUAAACUUCUUGUCGGGGAAGUUCAUCUACAACGUCUGGCGAUUCCAUCAUGGACACAUUCCUCUCAGGGUCGGUUUGGUUUAAUCGAAGUCAACUGACUCACAUAGAAUCCAGACUCAUUAUCAAAGAGUGGGGAAGACAAAAAAAGAAAAAGAAAAAAAAAGGCAGAUCCAAGGAGGUGGUUAAUCUGUCAAUCCCAUCAAUCAGUCAACCAAACACGACCAAUCAUCAAACCAAGUUUUUAUAAAAGCAAAGAGUGAAAAAUAGGAAUAAUAAGAUUAUGUCAUCCUCUUCUUCUUCUCCAACUCCUCCACCCUGUCAUCCUCUACCGCCGCCGCCGCCGCCGCCGCUGGACCACCACCUCCCCGCCGCCGAGCAGCUCUGCUAUGUCCAUUGCAAUAUUUGCGACACUGUCCUUGCGGUGAGUGUUCCUUGUUCUAGCUUGUUCAAAACUGUUACUGUCCGAUGUGGGCACUGCACCAAUCUGCUGCCUGUCAACAUGCGUGGCCUGCUUCUGCCUUCUACUAAUCAGUUUCAUCAGCUUGGCCACUCUUUUUUCUCUCCUUCUUCUCACAACAUUCUGGAGAAUAUCCCCACCCCGAAUUCGAAUUUCCUCAUCAACCAGUUUGCAGCUACUAACAAUUUUGGAAUGCCAUCUCGUGGAGUCACUGAUGAGCUCCCAAGGCCCCCAGUCAUCAACAGACCUCCGGAGAAGAGACAGAGAGUGCCCUCUGCUUACAACCGCUUCAUCAAGGACGAGAUCCAACGCAUCAAGUCUGUGAAUCCCGAUAUAUCCCACAGAGAAGCCUUCAGCGCCGCGGCUAAGAAUUGGGCCCACUUUCCACACAUUCACUUUGGUCUCAUGCCCGACCAGACAGUGAAGAAGACAAAUAUCCGCCAGCAGGAAGGAGAUCAGAAUGUUCUGAUGAAAGACAAUGGAUUCUAUGCCUCAGCCAAUGUUGGUGUCUCCCACUUCUAAACCAGUUUUGUGGGGCACAUCCUGUUUUUCCAAUGACUUUUGAGAUCAGACAGUGGCAAGAAGGUCUUUUUGCUAAUGUUGAUAUUAAUAUUAUUAUUAUCAUAUAAUACUGUCUCUCUACCUAGCCCCUCUACCAUGUAAUUUCUGAUCUCCCAGCUUAGACUUCCAUAGUUUCUACUUUAAUUUGCCUCUGAAUGUUCUUCCAAUUUUAAUGUUAUGAUUAUUAUGACAUAUUAUAUUAUUGUGCCUCACCACUCCACCAAUGCAUGGCCUUGGCUUGGUUCUUGCUUGUGAUGAAGUACAUUAUUAAUAUCUAA